GUGGGAGGAUUAAGGUCAAUGGCAGCCUACUCAUGCCAUCCUGUCUCUGUAUUGGGCGGAGGAGGCGGUGUGCCGUGAGGGGGAGGCGUAUCCACACUGGACUGCAAGACCAGGUCCGAGGUUGGCAGGAGAAACGCUGGAGCGACUCUCCCAGCAAGCGCAUAAUUCCCACACGCUUAUCCAGAGGACGCAGAGCAAAGCCAUGGUUCACCUGGCGGCAGCGUUGUUGCUAUCGUUUUCCCUCCAGAGCUCGGCGCUCCCCUCCCGAAAUGCUUCACUGCUGCUGCCACGGACUUUUUCUGGUCACUUUAUAAUGGUCACGGAUGAGCCCGUGGACUACGUUGAGCUGUCUGCGUUAGACAGUUUCGGGGACGACGCGGGGUCUGGCUCAGGAUUGGGGCAGGAGCCGGUGAAAAGACACGGCCACCACGGCCCACACCGUCAUCCCCAGAAACGCUAUUUUGUCUCAGAAGAGGCUAAAGGUUUUCUCCAGGGUCGCCUGGCAACAAGCUUUGUCCCCACCGUCUACACCCUUGUCUUCAUCAUCAGCGUGCCCCUCAACCUUGUUACUGUGGUGAUGUUUGUGCAUCACAUCCGUCCCAGAAAACCAGCGGUGAUCUACAUGCUGAACCUGGCCUGCGCUGACCUGCUGUUUGGCCUACUGCUUCCUUUCAAGAUUGCCUACCAUUACCACGGCAACAACUGGAUCUAUGGCUCCUUCAUGUGCAGAGUUGUCACAGCAGCCUUCUACUGCAACAUGUACUGCUCCGUCCUGCUCAUAAUGUGCAUCAGCAUCGACCGUUUCCUGGCCGUUGUUUACCCCAUGAACUCGCUGAUGUGGCGCAGCUCUCAGACAGCUUCAGCUGUGUGUGCUGCCAUGUGGCUGUUGGCCCUCGGAGGAGUAUCCCCUCUGCUGAUCUCAGGACAGACCCUCUUUUUGUCAGACCUGGGCAUCACCACCUGCCAUGAUGUGCAGGAUGUGGAAAAACUACAAACUUACUAUCUUUACUUUUUCCCCAUCUACUCCUCUGUCUUCUUCUUCAUCCCUCUGGUCUUCACUGUUGUCUGUUAUGUACGUAUUAUCCAGGCUCUGGCAGCAGCCAAUGUGGAGAACCGCUCCAGGAAGACUCGGGCUGUAGUGAUGGCUGUGAUCGUGUUGGUGGUGUUUGUGGUCUGCUUCACCCCCACCAACAUCAUCCUGAUGGUUCACUAUGUUCAGCUGUCCCACAAGUCCGCCAACAGUUCCUACCAGGCGUACCUGCUCUCCAUGUGUGUAGGCAGCCUCAGCUGCUGUCUGGAUCCAUUCCUCUAUUACUUUGGCUCCUCGCAGUGCCAGAAGCAGGUGGCAGCGCUCUUCAGUCGUAGGCGACUGGCAAGGGCUGAGAGCAGCUCAGAGACACAAAGUACAAGGACCAGUGGGCGGACAGAGAGCAGCAGGUUAUGCAAGCUGGAGAGCGUUCAAACUGGUCUGGGGAGCCAUUACAGCAGGCUGGUGGCUUAAGUGCAGGGACAUGAGGAGGCCGCCUCUGAGAGACUUCAAACUCGCACACAAACCCGCAGCAUAGUACAUCAAUAUGUACUUGAAACAUUACUAAGGAAAUGCUUGGGUUGGAUCAAAAGAAAUACCACAACUAUACCUGUUUACUGUUACUGUUGUUUUUUUUUGUGUUCAAAUUUACUAUAUCGUUUUGAUGAAAAAAAAAAAGGUAUUUUGGUGUAGAAGUUCAGUGUAUCCAGUGCCUUGUACUUCAGGAUUUUAUUUUAUAUGUAAUGUUGCAACAGCAUAAUUAUAAGACAAAAACCGCUUUUAUGGGUUUUUAUAAGUCAAUAUGUAAAAUCAAUAAUCACUUGUCGAUGUUCUGGCAUUCAUGAGGUCAAAAAAUACAAUAUAUGUGUGUGUGUAACUACCAAAGUUUGUGCCAAAGCAUGUAUAAUUCAAUCAAAACAAAACUACUACAUUAUACAUAUUUUUU